AUGUCGUUUCCGAUAACGUUAAUUCAAUUUGUAAUUUGUGUUCUAAAAUGCGUUAAUGAGAUCAUCAGAAAAAAUAGAUAUAAGCACGCAGACGAAGCAUCUUCAGCAUCUUCAGCAUCUACAUCAACUGAUCCCGCCACCGGCUCGACACCUUCAGCAUCUACUGAACCUCAAGCUUCAUCUGAUAUGAGUGGCGCAUCAGGAUCUUCCACUCCAUCUUCUGAUAGCACAUCUCCUAGUCAGACUAAUACGCCAAAUAGCUCCGGUGCUUAUUCAUACAAAUUUGUUGGUACAUCAAAUACUCUUAAUGUCGGAGCAUUUGUGAUGCUAGUCGUUAGUCUAUUCUUUUAA